GAACUCUCUCUCUCUCUGCCUCGCUCGCUCGCUCUGGAGCUUUGGCGGUAACAAACAAUGGCGACCUUUGGCACCACUUCUACUGGGAAUCCCAAUCCCAAUAAUUCGUUUGAGGUGACUCAAGCUCCUAGUGAUUCUGUUUCUAGCCUUUGUUUUAGUCCGAAGGCCAAUCAUCUCGUCGCGACUUCGUGGGACAAUCAGGUAAGAUGUUGGGAGAUUAUGCGGAAUGGGAAUGCCUUAGGCAGUACACCCAAAGCUUCAAUAUCUCAUGAGCAGCCGGUUUUAUGCUCAGCUUGGAAGGAUGACGGGACAACCGUCUUUUCUGGAGGCUGUGACAAGCAGGUGAAAAUGUGGCCUUUGCUGUCUGGUGGUCAACCAAUGACUGUGGCCAUGCAUGAUGCACCUAUUAAAGAGGUUGCUUGGAUCCCAGAGAUGAGCCUCUUGGUGACCGGAAGCUGGGAUAAGACCUUGAAAUAUUGGGAUACUAGACAACCAAAUCCAGUCCACACACAGCAACUCCCAGAUCGCUGUUAUGCACUAACAGUGAGACAUCCAUUGAUGGUUGUUGGUACUGCAGACAGGAAUCUGAUAGUCUUUAAUUUACAGAACCCACAGACUGAGUUCAAGAGAAUUAUUUCUCCGUUGAAGUAUCAGACAAGAUGUAUUGCUGCCUUUCCUGAUCAGCAGGGUUUCUUGAUUGGUUCGAUAGAGGGAAGGGUGGGUGUGCAUCAUCUAGAUGAUUCACAGCAAAGUAAAAACUUUACUUUCAAAUGCCACAGAGAUGGCACUGAGAUAUACUCUGUCAACUCUUUGAACUUCCAUCCUGUGCAUCAAACUUUUGCAACUGCAGGCUCCGAUGGGGCCUUUAAUUUUUGGGAUAAGGACAGUAAACAGAGGCUUAAGGCGAUGUCAAGAUGCAGUCAACCAAUACCUUGCAGUACUUUCAACAAUGAUGGUUCUAUAUAUGCAUACUCGGUCUGCUACGACUGGAGCAAGGGCGCAGAAAACCACAAUCCAGCAACAGCAAAGACCCACAUUUUCCUGCACUUACCGCAGGAGUCCGAGGUGAAAGGCAAACCACGGGUUGGAACAAGUGGAAGAAAGUAAAACUGCUCAUUUAGCUGUUUUGUUACCGAGUAGCCAAGAAAUUUGCCUUUUCCUUUGUAUAUGGAGUUUUUGUCUUAGCUUGUUCCCGCUUGAGAGCUAAUGACUGAUGAGUGUCUACUUGGGGUUCUUGUAGUCGGAUUAAAAACCUAGGUUAGUGAGGGCGAGGCUUUUGUUUAACGCUUCAAAUAGGCAGAUUUUUAGCCUUUAGGUUCAUGUAUCACAAUCUUUCUGAGUAUCUAUUCACUCGUUAUUCGUUAUUCACUGCUCUGCAUAAUUUUUUUCUUCAUCUUGAAAGGUUCUUUCUGUGGUUUAUGAUAAUACUUUGGCCAA